GCAGCCGCUGCUUCGAAGCAAACGACGCCGCACUCUACGGUCGGUCGUUGACGGAUCCGGAGUGUUUAUUUCUCCGCUCCGAUCAGUGUGUAAUCAGCGUGUGCAUCUGUGCUCCUGCGAAUUUAUACGAUAGUGUCGGUGAAAAUCAAAGAGGAAGAGAAAAAGUGCGCUCAGAAGGAACGAGAUAAGGAUGUGGCGAGAACAUCCAGGCGGGGGGUAUAAGAUACCCGUCAACGUCAUGCUCCUGUUAGUUGCUGUCCUGGUAUCGACAACGGUUGUUUCGGCUGAAGAUGUAUCCAUGGGACCGGUAUUUGUCAAGGAACCUCCAAACCGAGUUGAUUUCUCAAAUGGAACUGGAGCCGUUGUCGAAUGCCAGGCAAGAGGAAAUCCUCAACCGGAUAUCAUCUGGGUUCGCUCUGACGGAACUGCUGUAGGAGACGUUCCUGGGCUGAGACAGGUUUUGCCAAACGGAAAUUUGGUAUUUCCCCCUUUCCGCGCUGAGGAUUAUCGUCAGGAAGUUCAUGCUCAGGUCUACAGCUGUUUAGCACGUUCCCCUGCAGGUUCGGUACACAGUCGUGAUGUCAACGUGAGAGCUGUGGUCCAGCAAUUCUACGAGACGAGGGUCAUUGACGAGUUCGUCUUACGCGGAAAUACGGCAACUUUGAAGUGCCUCGUGCCCAGCUUUGUGGCGGAUUUCGUAGAUGUGAUUGAGUGGCAGGCUGAGGAUGGCUCGACGUAUAAUGCGAAUAGUCAACAGGAAAAGGUGGUCGCCCAGUACUUUGAAGUUCAAGUUUACGAUCAGUUUGCGAUACGUGGCAACGCGGCUAUUUUCAAAUGUCAAGUUCCCUCGUUCGUGGCCGACCACGUGGACGUAGUGGGAUGGAUCGAUUCCAACGGCGGCAGUUACGUCGCCGACGAACAAUCAUAUGAUGGAAAAUACUUGGUACUGCCAUCCGGAGAAUUGCACAUCAGGGACGUCGGACCCGAAGAUGGAUAUAAGACUUACCAAUGUCGCACGAAACACAGACUCACAGGUGAAACUAGACUAUCUGCUACGAAGGGACGUCUCGUCAUUACUGAGGGUACAAGUAAGAUCGCACCGCGAUCAUCGGGGAAGAAAUUUGAGGGAUGGGAAGUUGUUUUGACUGCUAGAGAUCAGGACAUCGCGUUGAGCCAUUCCCUUCAGGGAUACCCUGUACCUAUCACAAGAUGGUACAAAUUCAUCGAGGGCACGUCGAGACGUCAACCAGUUCAGCUGAAUGAUCGCGUACGUCAGGUUAGCGGCACUCUGAUCAUCCGUGAAGCGCGAGUCGAAGAUUCCGGUAAAUAUCUCUGCAUCGUUAACAAUUCCGUCGGCGGCGAAAGCGUGGAGACUGUUUUGACUGUUACGGCACCGUUGAACGCGGAAAUCGAACCGAGCACGCAGACCAUCGAUUUUGGAAGACCCGCGACCUUUACCUGCACCGUUCAAGGCAACCCGAUCAAGACUAUCUCUUGGCUCAAGGAUGGAAAGCCCCUUGGAUUGGAAGAUCGCGUGCUGAGGAUCGAGAGCGUGAAGAAGGAGGAUAAGGGAAUGUAUCAAUGCUUUGUUAGAAAUGAUCAGGAAAGCGCGCAAGCAACGGCAGAAUUGAAACUUGGUGGAAGAUUCGAGCCUCCCCAGAUUCGUCAAGCCUUUGCAGAAGAGACUCUUCAGCCCGGACCGAGCAUGUUUUUGAAGUGUGUUGCCAGCGGGAAUCCCACCCCCGAAAUUACCUGGGAACUUGAUGGAAAACGGCUGUCGAACACCGAGAGAUUGCAAGUGGGACAAUACGUCACUGUCAAUGGUGAUGUCGUGUCGCAUCUGAAUAUUUCAAGCAUUCAUACCAAUGAUGGUGGACUGUAUAAGUGUAUUGCUGCAUCAAAGGUUGGAGCUGCUGAGCAUUCUGCCCGUCUCAACGUAUAUGGUUUGCCGUUCAUUCGUCAUAUGGACAAGAAGGCUAUCGUUGCUGGAGAAACUCUGCGCGUCACCUGUCCUGUUGCUGGAUAUCCGAUCGAAAGCAUCGUUUGGGAACGAGACACCAGAGUUCUGCCGAUCAAUAGAAAGCAAAAGGUCUUUCCUAAUGGCACUCUUAUCAUCGAGAAUGUUGAACGAAUGAGCGACCAGGCGACCUACACUUGCGUAGCACGCAACGCACAGGGUUACAGUGCACGUGGAACACUGGAAGUUCAAGUUAUGGUGGCACCGCAACUCGCGCCCUUCACAUUCGGUGAUGAGGCAGCCAAUGCAGGAGAGAUGGCGACCGUUCAAUGCGCCGUGAUAAAGGGCGAUCUACCCAUCGACAUAAUCUGGUCGUUUAACGGGCGUGUGAUCGACACCGCGAAUGGCGCAUUCGACGAGCAUAAUUACGACAAUUCCGAUAUAAUGAUAAGCAGGGGUAGCAAACGGGCCAGCCAACUGACGAUUGAUUCGGUAGCCGCAAGACACGCGGGCGAGUAUUCGUGCACUGCGAGCAACACGGCCGGAACCGCUACCCACUCUUCAGUUCUGUCGGUGAACGUACCUCCUCGUUGGAUUCUGGAGCCUACUGAUAAGGCAUUCGCUCAGGGUUCUGAUGCGCGAGUCGAAUGUAAAGCCGACGGAUUCCCCAAACCUCAAGUCACAUGGAAAAGAGCUGCUGGGGAUACACCGGGAGAUUACACUGACUUGAAAUUGAGCAAUCCUGAUAUUAGUGUAGAAGAUGGUACUCUGUCCAUUAAUAACAUUCAAAAGACAAACGAAGGCUAUUAUCUUUGCGAAGCUGUUAACGGCAUUGGAUCAGGCCUGUCGGCUGUCAUUCUUAUUUCGGUUCAAGCUCCUCCCCAAUUUGAAAUUAAAUUAAGAAAUCAGACCGCUCGUCGCGGAGAACCGGCUGUAUUGCAAUGCGAAGCGCAGGGAGAAAAACCAAUCGGCAUUUUAUGGAAUAUGAAUAACAAAAGGCUAGAUACAAAGAGCGAUCCUCGUUACACUAUUCGUGAAGAAAUUUUAGCUAAUGGAGUAUUGUCCGACUUGAGUAUUAAACGAACCGAGAGAAGCGAUUCUGCCUUGUUUACUUGCGUAGCGACGAAUGCCUUUGGCAGUGAUGAUACUAGCAUUAAUAUGAUUGUACAAGAGGUGCCGGAAGUUCCAUAUGGUCUCAAGGUGUUGGAUAAAUCAGGACGUUCGGUGCAAUUAUCAUGGGCGGCACCUUAUGAUGGAAAUAGUCCUAUUAAGCGAUAUGUCAUUGAAUACAAAAUCAGCAAAGGUUCCUGGGAAACUGAUAUCGACAGAGUGCUCGUACCUGGUUCGCAACAGAAUGUAGCUGGAGUAUAUAAUCUGAGACCCGCAACUACGUAUCAUCUUCGAAUCGUUGCUGAAAAUGAAAUUGGUACGUCCGAUCCGUCCGACAUGGUCACUAUUAUUACCGCUGAAGAGGCACCUACUGGUCCUCCAACCUCGAUCAAGGUCGAAGCUUUUGAUCAGCAUACUCUCAAGGUAACAUGGAAACCACCUCCACGCGAGGAUUGGAACGGCGAAAUUCUCGGCUACUACGUUGGAUACAGACAGUCAGCGGAUAAACCGUACAUGUUUGAAACUGUCGAGUUCUCCAAGGAAGACGGAAAGGAUCAUCAUCACUUGCAGAUUGUUAAUCUCAAAACUUAUACACAAUACGGCGUGGUUGUUCAGGCAUUCAACAAGGUCGGCUCUGGACCGAUGAGCGAAGAACGCAGGCAGCACACCGCGGAAGGCGUACCCGAGCAACCGCCGCACGAUACCACCUGCACGACUCUUACCUCACAGACUAUCAGAGUAUCCUGGAUGUCACCACCUCUCAGCGCGGCUAACGGUGUUAUCACUGGCUACAAAGUUAUCUAUGGUCCGUCCGACACGUGGUAUGAUGAAAAUACGAAGGAUACCAAGAUCACGUCUUCCAGCGAAACUAUCCUGCACGGCCUCAAGAAAUACACGAACUACAGUAUGCAAGUUUUGGCUUUCACCUCCGGCGGAGAUGGCGUCAAGUCAGCACCGAUUCAUUGUCAGACCGAACAAGAUGCACCCGAAGCUCCAAUCGCUAUCAAAGCUCUGGUCAUGUCCGCGGAAUCCAUUCUUAUCUCAUGGCGACCACCUAGCCAGCCUAACGGAGUUAUUUCACAGUAUACUGUUUAUACGAAAGCUGACAAUGCCGAUGAAGCAACUAGCCAAAAAGUGCCGCCGAAUCAACUCACUCACGAAGCAUCUGGAUUAGACAAACAACUUAGAUAUGAAUUUUGGGUAACUGCUAGCACAAAUAUCGGCGAAGGUGAAGCUUCUAAGAUUGUGACUCUGGGUCCAAGCGUUCGAGUACCAGCCAAGAUUGCAUCAUUCGACGACAAAUUCACCGCGACAUACAAGGAAGACGUAAAACUGCCAUGUCUCACCGUUGGCGUGCCCGCACCGGAAGUAACAUGGAAAGUACGAGGCACGACUCUUCAACCGAGCGACCGACUGAGGCAAUUACCCGAAGGAUCACUGUUUAUUAAAGAAGUCGACCGCGCGGACGCUGGAGAAUAUUCUUGCUACGUAGAAAACUCCUUUGGACACGAUACUGUGACUCAUCAGUUGGUCGUACACGCUCCUCCGCAUUCACCGCAGGUCACACUUACUGCCACUACGACAAAUUCGUUGACGAUGAAAUUGCGUCCACAUCCGACUGACAAUGCACCGAUUCACGGUUAUACAAUUCAUUACAAACCCGAGUUUGGCGACUGGGAAACUGUUCAGAUCAGUUCUACGGCACAAAAAUAUACUCUUGAAAACCUGUGGUGCGGUUCUCGAUAUCAGAUUUACGUCACGGCUUAUAAUGGAAUUGGAAUUGGCGAUCCUUCGGAUAUCUUAAACACGCGCACAAAGGGCUCCAAACCGAUCAUCCCCGAAGCAGCGAGAUUUAUCGAAGUAUCCACGAAUAGCAUCACUUUGCACUUGAGUGCUUGGUCGGAUGGUGGCUGCCCUAUGUUAUACUUUGUUCUUGAGCACAAAAAGAAGCAUCAACAGGAAUGGAAUCAGGUCUCGAACAACGUCAAACCGGGCAGUAACUUCGUGGUAUUGGAUCUGGAUCCCGCUACUUGGUAUCAUUUACGCGUUACGGCUCACAAUAAUGCCGGUUUUGCCGUAGCUGAGUACGAAUUUGCGACAUUGACGGUGACUGGCGGCACGAUCGCACCUCCCGUACGUAACGGUGGUAACGACAACACCGCGGAUGUAAGACGUUAUUUCCCGUGGUUACCAAGUUGGCUCGACGUAAACGUGGUGGUGCCGGUCGGCGCGACGGUCGUUGUCAUAAUAGUAGGAAUAGUUGUCAUUUGCGUGGCACUCUCGAGGAGAACUCGAGGUCCGGAACAAACGCGGCUGCGAGGUAUCUCUUCAGCCGACGAGAAAUAUUACGAGGGACAAUAUGAUGUAGUUUAUCAGCAAACCGGUGUUGGCGGCGCAACUCUAGAUAAACGCAGAUCCGAUCUUCGUGACGAAUUGGGAUAUAUCGCACCACCGAAUCGCAAGCUGCCACCUGUACCCGGUUCCAACUACAACACAUGUGAUCGUAUCAAGCGAGGUGGAACUGGCUCGUUAAGAAGUCAUUCGACGUGGGACCCAAGACGGCACAUGUAUGAGGAAUUGAGUCACUACGCGCCCAACAGAAGAUGCCCACCGCCACCACGUAUGGGCAGCGCAGACGGUCUCUCGCAUAGAGGUAUGGAGGAUGAGAUCUGCCCGUACGCUACCUUCCAUCUUUUGGGAUUCCGCGAGGAAAUGGAUCCGAGCAAGGCUAUGCAAUUUCAGACUUUCCCCCAUCCAGGAAACGGUCAUUCUGGCACCAUGGGACCACCUGUAGGACAUCCGACUAAUGCUUCUGCUCACAGCCGUUCUGGAUCUCAGUCUAUGCCGCGUCAAAAUGGUCGCUACUCACGAGUACCAUCCCAAGGAGGCGGCAGCGGCACUCACAAUGUUUUCUCGCCCGAAUAUGAUGAUCCAGCUAAUUGCGCUCCCGAAGAAGAUCAAUACGGAUCGCAGUACGGACAAUACGGCGCACCUUACGAUCAUUACGGAUCCCGUGGAUCAGUCGGACGUCGAAGCGUAGGCUCGGCUCGCAAUAUUCCCAUUUCUGGUUCACCGGAACCGCCUCCACCACCACCGAGAAACCACCAGGAUCAGAACAACUCCAGCUUCAACGACAGCAAGGAGAGCAAUGAGAUCAGCGAGGCCGAGUGUGAUCGUGACCAGCUUGUCAACCGCAACUACGGCGUGAAUGCUCGCGGCAAGGACGGCAUGACCACCGAGGAGAUGCGUAAACUCAUAGAGAGAAACGAAGCUCCCGGCCGGCAAACCGGCAGCCCCCACGGCGGUCACGGGGGACUCCUCACACCCUACGAUACUGUGGCAGUGUAACCUGUAAAUCAUCAUCUUCCGUGAUCUUCCGCCUCUCUCGAUAGCCGGCGGCCGCGAGGAAAGCAGCCGAGAGAUGCGGAAAUGAAGCGCACGCUAAUUCUUCCCCCGGUGCUGUCGUCGGUCCAAUUUGCAACGAUUUACGAUAGAAAUUAGACGUCGUCGCGAGUAGAUAGAUUCGAUUAAGGUGUGCGCAUGUUGAUAUCAUCUCGAGAUCGUGACUACAAAGAUCUGAGGUCCGCCUUGCGAAAUGAGACUGCCUCCUUCGACCUUUCGACCAAAUUGCGACGCGAUCCUCUUUUUUCUAACACUUUGGCCUUCCAGUUUUUCCUUGUACUUCCUCGAAUACGUUCGUUUACAAUUGAUCCUGGGGAAGGCCAACUUUGAAACUGCCUUGUUUUUUAUACGAUUUUUCGGACCAGUUCAAUCGAUUACGCACAUCUAGGAAGGCCAGACUCAAGACUGUCUGUAUUUACUGCCUUUUCGCGAAGGAGGCAUAGCGAUUCGUAAGGUCAGUCAUAUUUCGUUCGCAAGUCUUGUGAGUUCUGAAACUCUUUGUACACGUUCAAUUAUGUCGACUAAGAUCUUUUAUACCGCUUGACAGAGAUAAAAGACAAAUUUUGCGUUUAGACACGAAUCUUUCUCGAUUAUACGUCCAUGACUCAACGUCAGAUGUAAUUUAAAGAUACUCGAUGUGAUAUAAACUUAUGAAUUAAUUAUCUUUACAUAUUUUGUACGAAAUAUUUCAAUUAUGAAAGAGAUGAUUUGAAUUUUUCUUCGCACUGUUGUCGAACGUGUAUGAGGGGUUCAAGACUCGUAGUUGCCGCUGUGAGGCAGUCCUGUAGGAAAGCGAGCACACAACCGGAAGUCGCGUGUUCGCGGACGCCCAACCGCGGCAGAGACGCGGCCCGGAUGAUGGUGCUCUCGGCGACGGUGGAUUUAACGGGGGUUUUCUGAUAUAUAUAUCCGGUAUAAUCCUAGACUACAAUCGUCGCAGGAGUUGCGUAUAAUGAGGAGAAAAAGGUACAUAUGAUAUAUACACAUAUACACACAUACACACAUACGCACACAUACACAUAUGAGAUUAGUUGGUCGCUUUUUGAGUCAUGGUUGUGCCACACUGCCGCUCCCUGCGGGCGUACGAGAUAUAUAAACAUACAUACGUACAUAUACUAUAUACAUAUACUGUACGAUUUAUAAUUUCGUAACGAAGGUUGUGUCCCCCUUCCUCUCUGCCCCCUUUGUCCUCUUUGACAAUCGGCAAUCUUGAGUCUCGACGUCGCGGAGAGCAAAGUUUAUAGGGUACGUCGUCGCUUCUCGUCUUUCGUCAUUGUCGUCUUUUUUAAUAGCAAUUCAUUUAGAUUUAGACGAGCGAUACGAGACAUUCCUAUCGCUCGCUCGAAGAAUAAGAUUCCGUAUAUAAAACGCCGAUCGACUGUCCGUAGGAAGAACAUACGCGGCAAGCCAUCGAGGGAACGCUUCGAUACACAGCAGGCCAGCCACAUAUAAAUUAAAAAUAUUAUACAUUAACAACAUUAUCCUCACAUACACGCGCUGGUGCGUGUGCACGCAAUACACACGCCACACCACACUUGCUGUCGUCCUAUAUAUACGAUAUAAAUAUUUAGUCCGCUGUAAACAUCUAAUUAAUCCCCCCCGUGCUAAUCUUCUUCGAUCGAUUACGACGUACCGAUAAGAUUCUUCAUUCUGAUAUCGCGACGAUGAUCGUUAACAGAUAUAAGCGAUUCGAGUAAUAUAAAAGCUGAUUUAAAGUAGAUAGCUCGUAAGCCGGACGGAUGGUCGCGAGAAGGCGUCGUUGUAUCUUUGCGACGAAGCGAGAAGUCGGGACGGGUCGUUUCCUUAAACGCGAAUCGAAGGGACCACGAUCAGGUGGUUGACCUUCGCUGGAUCUUCGAACGAAUGGAACGGAUGCCUGCUGUGCAUCUUUAGGUUGUGCAUCCCGACAUCCCGCGACGCCGUGAUCGCGACGCUGCAUCUCAUAGUUCGUUUUUAUCACGAUACUAUUUCUAGAUAUAUCUAUACAUACAAAUAUAAAUAUAUAUUAUAUAUACGCUAACUAUAUAUUAUACAUACGUUGUAAGUAGCUAUUUCUAGGUGUCGCAUUUGUUUGCCGAGACGAUGCACGAGCCGAUUCCCAGUUGGGCGACUGGGCGAAGGAGCACCUUCGAACGAGUGUCUGUCACGCGAGAAUUAAAGAUUUUUUACUAUAUUUAAUUCGGAUUUAUGUUUUAAGCAAACUAUCUUAUAUUUAUAUAUAUUUUUAUUAUUUUAGUAUUAAUUAAAAUAUUAUUCAAUUUAGAUUUAUUUAAUUAUAAAUUGAAGAGAUGCAAGAGAUAUUAAUAUUCUGGUACUCUCGAUGCAUUUCAAUGUUAAUUCAAUUUGGAAGUCGCAAUUAAUACAUUCAUCAUUGUUAUCAUCUCAUUUCUUAUUUACAUAAAUAUUUACAUAAAUUAAAAAAAAUGUGCCCAAAGAAUUUUCGCGAAUAAAACUUGAAGAGGUGCUUCGUCCUCGUGAGUCGCCUUUACUUUCGCAGAGGCAUUCCUACCCUCUGCCUCUCUUAAACUGGCCACGGCUCGACACGCCGACGCACUUUUACUCAUCGAUGUGAUUUUAAAAGGCUGCGCAAAAGCCUCGUGUCUCGUGUAUAUGUUACGAUCGCGCUCUUACCGUAAUUAACGUAGCCAUAUUGUCCCAAGUCACCCUUUACGACUUAUAUAGUAUCACGUUCUACUCACUUAACUCGUCCCCGCGAAAAACUUUGUCGCUUCGAAUCGCUUCCGAAUUUAACCAGAGCUAAUACAAUCGGCACAGACCGAUGAUGAUAAUGAUAUUAAUGCAUUCGUAUAUAAUGAUGUGAUCACGUCCGCGCGUUAUUUCGGUCACGGCUCAUCAUUUUGUCUUAUAAGCGAAGUGGACGUCCGCGACGUCGCACAGGUUUAUCACCUGUUAUGUUAAGCGGUCCAGGGUGCUUGGCAAGAAGUGUUGUAAAUGAAACAUUUAGCGAUGAUCAGUAAUAAUAAAUUGAAUUUUGGCUAAAUUAAUUGAUUAUUUUUUUAGCUGAAAACAUUGAUAACGAAAGAUAUAACUUAAAGACUGAGAAUUUACGUCCACGUAUCAUUUUAUUCACUUCUCGCUCGUAUUUGCUCGAUUGCUUUAUAUUUUUUCACACAUUUUAGCAUCGUAUAUUGUAAAAUUAAUACAUUUGCCAUUUAUGUGCGCUCUUCUUGCCAAGCAUCCUCGAGCCCAUCGUUCGCUCGUCGCGUGAUCGACGCGUAUAUUGUGUGGUAAUUCUUUGCAGGAUUCAAUGUUACUUUUUGAGAGACGCCGCGAAGCGUGUCGCUCGCUUGUGUAUGCUUGAUUGAUAUAUGCGUUGAAAGCAUUUGGCUGUUCUUUUUGUACGACGGCGAACGCGGUUCUUCGAGCUCGUACCCUUCUCAUCGUCGCCUGUCAGACUCGAAGCGUUUCCUUUGCGUUCCUUUUUUUUGACCCCCGCACCCGUAAAACAAAAGCGGGAUCGCGAUGUAUUGUCUAAUAAUUGGAAAAAAAAAGCAAAGAAGAAAACGCGCGCAACAUCAUCCUCCGCGUUUGCGGAGAGACUCGAGGACCCGCUCGCAGUGUAUCGUUUCCUCUCAACGCCACUAUUUUAUGUUUUUGUACCAAAGUUGUAGCAUCUAACUUUGCGUUAAAUAAAUAAAUCUUAAAACGACA